UAACCUAAAUGUGCUGUAUAACCUCAAAGUGUGCAAGUGUACCAAAUGCCAAAGACAUUAACAUUUUCAAACCGUGAUUUAUUACACCCUUUUUUAGAAAACAAUGUUUAGUAGUAAAAUUUUUACCCGGAUUUCCUUCCAUAAAAUUAACAUCAGAACGUUUAGGCAGCAACAGCGUCCAAAUCCCUCAAAAGAACGGUCAUCACCGAAUAAUUUACUGUGGAAAAUUAUUGAAGAAAACAACAUUAAAGGUGCACAAGACUGGAAAGAUGUGCGAACACAAAUCCAGAACGAAAUUAGAAGUGUCACCCCUGCGAGUAUAGAUGCAAUGACUGUGAGCAUUUGUACACGAAAGAAAAAAUUUAAUUUAGCACUAAGCUAUUUGGAUUUUUUAAAUAACGAAAACGUCAAGUUAAAUUUGGCCACGUUAGGGAAGUAUUUUAAAUUGUUGUAUGUGAAGGGUGUAGAAGAGUCACUGGCUACAGAAGAUGAAGAGAAAAUUUUACAAAUGUAUGACAGCCUACGGACAACGUAUCCUGUUCUAGAUUCUUUAACAUUAGACAAUGUUACACAAGCCCUUUCAUUGACAAAAAAGUGGAAGGUAUGUCUUGACCUCUUAGAUGAAAUUAAAGUAACUUCAUCACCGACGUCAAAUACAUAUAGUGCUGUGAUUGCAGCAGCUUUUUCCAAUAAAGCUGAUAAUCUAGCCUGGAAGUUACUUGAUGAACUGAUAGAAAACAACAAAACUAUUCAGGAUGUAGUUUAUAUUACAUAUUUUAAAAGAAUUAUUACACAGUCUGAAAAAAUUGCACACAUUGAAAAAAUGUUCAAUUUCAUGCAAAACAAUGGGGUUCAAAUUGAACCUGAAAACGUAGACACAUUUGUUGAAGCAUUUAAAGACUUAAAAGUAGUGAUUAAAAAUUCUAAUAUUCACACACGAGGUGUAUGUAAAUGCUGCAAUAAGAAACUCAAAACAUUUGAACUCUCAGAUGAUGAAUUUAAUAAUUUAAAAACAAAAAUUUUGGACAAUGUAAUUGUAGGAAAGGAUGUUUUCAAUAAAACAACUUCAGAAGAGUUAGAAAGGUUUAAUAAAUUUACUUCAAACAUGGAAAAAUUCGAUGUCAUUAUUGAUGGUUUAAAUGUUGCAUAUUCGGCAGGAGUUAAGCAGUCAUCCUAUGUUACAUCAGGACUGGUUGCUGCUGUUGUGAGCCAUUUUGCUAGAGUAGGAAAAAAAGUUCUAGUUCUGGGAAGAAAACAUAUGAGUAAAUGGCCCCAAAAGAACUGGAAGUAUGUUCAAAAAAAUGCCACAACUUUCUUAACUGAGGAUUUAUCUCAAGAUGACCCUUACUUACUUUACUGUGCAUUAAACUCUGGAAAAGAUACGGUCAUUGUUACAAGAGAUUUAAUGAGAAGCCACAAGUUUCUGUUGAGAGAAGUCCAUCUGAAACUACUUUUUGACAGAUGGUUGUCUCAACGACAAUAUUUGCUGCUAAGGGUGCCAGAAAAUGGAGAACCUAUAUUUAAGAAACCUUUACCAUUUUCACAGAUUGCCCAAAAAAAUGAAGAAUAUUGGCACAUACCAUGCAUAUCUGACAGUACGUCUGCGAGUAGCAAAUGGUUGUGUAUAAAAUUGUAAGGUCAAAUUAUAAAUUUUGUAAUAAUUAAUGCCGGGGCGUACAUCUGUCCCCUAAAAUAAUUAAAUUUUUUUCUUUGUGAA